AUGGGCAGCCAUAAUAUUGUCAUCACUCCGGACCGCGAAACAUCGGACCUUUUCUUCCGAUUCAUACAAGACAACCGGAAGCUCGCAGGAGAUUGCGUAUUCCACGAGGUCCGACGGCUAUCUCCACAGAUGUGGACGUGGCAUGGGAACCCGGAAGACUGGGCGCUUUGGAAUGCAACUUAUCAUAUCAACAAAGGGACAGCGGAAGGCAAGAACCAAGAACACCUGAAGAAGCUCCGGGGAAAAGUCUUCCUUCGACAUUACGGAAAAGCGGACCACGUACAGCUUAGCUUCCCGCCAAUUCCACACAUCGACCAUAUCAAGGAUCAUAUCUCCGGGGAUGUCUUUUUCAUCCGCAACAAGCUCUCGCCGGAAAGAUAUUGGGUAAAGGAUGGGACUACCGGGGAAGGACCGGGCGUGGGAAAUGUCAUCACUUGGACUACAGCCCGUUCGAAGUUUCGAAUUCAGCUGGCGAUGGGCCACCAGGUGGGGAGGCUGAUGGUAGAGGACGACGACGUCAAAAUGUCCCUUGUCCUCGACGGCCAGGAUUACCCCCUUCAGCUCAAAGACGCGAAGCCAAAAGGAGCUCUUGACACAUCGGGAGGGAAGGACCUUGUUUGCAAGUUCGGUGAUCUGCUCAACGGGGGUUUCUCGGCUGACAAUUACGGGGAAUACUUGACGAUAUUUCAUUUCCCCGACAAGUUGAACAAUGGGCUUAGUGGGGAGCUCUGGGAACUGGUUUGA